AUGUAUUUAGAUGCCUCAUACAAUAGAGUUAAUAUUUUAGUUACUUCAUUCAACUAUCUUAACCUCACUCCAAGGCUAAAUAAUACUGAACAUAAAAUGAUAUAAAGAUAGUAUGAAUAUCUACAUGCACUUUCUUUUGUUAUUAUUUAUAACUUUUAUAGAGUUUUUAAUAUAAUUUUGUAAUUAUUGGCUAACUUUCUAUUGAAUGUAAUUUAAUGAUACUUAUUAUUAUAAGGAAUACAUGGAGAGGAGAGGAGUGAAAAAUCUAGACACUGUCUUUAAUUUUAUUUAAUUUUAUUGA